AUGAAGCGAAGCGAUGUCGUCAGACAAACGAAAUCCAACGAGCGCAUCUCUCCUCGCUUAGCCCCUGGUAUGUUGCUCGGCUCCGGAACGGAUACUGAUCCCGAGCGUGUUCCAAUAGGGGCAGCGUCUGAUCCAGCAGGAACUGCAGGAGGUGUCGCACCCGGGAUGUCCAUCGAUGGUGCGAAGGAUGCUCCUUGGAAUGCGCCUGCUGGUGACGUCAGCAUGGCGAGCAGAGAACAGGCGGUUGCCGAUCUCGCUUUUCCCCUCACAUCGCAAGACGACACCGUUGGCGGACCUGAGGCAUCUGAAGGCGUUUCUACUGACGCGGGACAAUGUUCCAUCGUAUUUCGGCUCUUUCCGCUGCAGUUAUGCCUGCAUCCGAGCAUGACGCAUCCGACGAGAGUCUCGAAGAAUGCGCUGGGAUCGGAGCUAACAGAAAUGGUCAAGAAAUGCACUACGUUUCGACCUCUCGUAGGCAGCGUAUGCGAAAUCGUUACUGGACGGGAGCAUGCGGAAGCGACACAUUCGCGUAUAGGGAUGACCUCUUUCAACCGAAUGUUCUGUUUGCAGGAUGCAUCACCGAUGGAAUGGCAUGCCGGGGAGACCGCGAAUCUCCGUCUAGAAUUGGCCCAUGGCUUGCCCUACGCGCUCGAGCGUUUUCGUGUCCGAGUUGAAAUGAGGGAUGCAUCCGAGACGAUGCUCCUUCUCGAGCGACUCGACGAGACCGCGCUUCCACCAGAACGAUGCCGAGCUUGGUCGCUUCGUCUCCCGUUCGAAACACCGGGGGAGCACUUUGUGAGCUGUCAACUGCUUUUGGCGCAGCCGAGCGCGGGUUUGCAGUUGAGUACGCAUCGCGCGAGUCCCGGCAGCGCUUUUGCGAAGAACGCAACACCAAUCUCACCGACAGCAACGCCAAUGACCUCGUUUCAACAGACUUUUCGCUUCCAGGUCAGUGAUGCCUGGCAGUUAGAGGGGUAUGCGCUCGCCUGGGGAUCGACGACCCUCGACAAAAGAUCUGAGCGCGGAAGGCAGACAUUUCUCUGGCUCGUGAACAUCCAGAACACAAGCCACGAGCCGCUGUACUUGCUUGCUGGACAAUGCCGCCCAGACGCCCCAACGUUUCAGGGUAGUGAGAAGCCGCUUGAGCCGCCGGAAACCGUUCCUUAUAUUGCCAGUCCCAUGGAGACCCAGGAGAAAGCCCCAUUUUCCGCAGGACCAUCCCCUGCAUCGGGUGCAACAGCAUCAACGUCGAGCUGGAAACUCAUGCCGCUUCGCUUCCGUACAAAGGCACCACUGCUUUCACCAGGCGAUCGAGCACGGUUUGUGUUUAUGCUCCAUCGUCGCCCUGCUUCCUCGAAAAGCGCCAACAGCGCACCUAGCCUGGAUACACCGUUUCACCCGGGUAGUGUAAGCAUUCAGUGGCGUACCACGCGAGGCGUUCUCGGAGAACGCACCUGGGUGGCUCUCUCGACGCGCUGGUUACCGCAACAGAUUUAUUUUUCGCCAUUACCGGAGAUACCGGAAGGAACGGGAACGUCGUCGCCUUAUCGCAUUGUCCUGCAGUUUUGUCGUCCAGCAGCGCGGAUACGACUUGAAACUCCAUUCGAAAUCUGUUACACCAUCGAGGUCAACUGGUCUGUUCCACACAAAUCUGGUUCGAAGACGUUGCAAACGGAGUUUUCCGCGGUAGGCACCGAGUCCCCGUGCGGAGUCCUGCACCUGGAAGCCGAAACGUUGCCUGGGACACUCCUACCUAUUGGAAACUGUACUCGUCACCUAGUAUCCCUCUACUCAGCAUCCGCGUGCUCAAUUCGUUUCUGGUACUUUCCUCUUCGCGAGGGUUGUUUCCCGAUACCCCGCUUGAUCGCGAGAGAAUCCGAUCAAUCGGGAAACACAGCUGCAAAGGCCGCAUACCUGUUACCGGUCUCGACUCGAAGACUUCCAUUUGGACACUGCCUGCUGUACAUACAUCGUUGA